GGGCUUGCGGAAAGAAAUGAAUCCGUUUCUGGACCUUCUCCUGGUUUUGGCUACGCUCGUCUACUCCUACUUAGAGGCUUUUGUGAAGCUCUUUAUCCCCGUGAAGAGAAAGUCUGUCAGCGGGGAGCUUGUUCUUAUCACAGGUGCUGGCCAUGGCGUGGGGAGAGCGACUGCCUUCGAGUUCGCCAAGCGUCAGAGCAGGCUGGUUCUGUGGGACAUCAAUAAGCAGAGCAUUGAGGACACGGCAGCAGAAUGCGAAAGGCUGGGAGCCACUGUUCACGCCUUUGUGGUGGACUGCAGGAAAAGGGAGGAAGUCUACAGCACUGCAGAGAAGGUGAAAAAGGACAUUGGGGAUGUCUCCAUCCUGGUGAAUAACGCUGGUGUGAUUACAGCUGCCGACCUACUCUCAACUCAGGACCACCAGAUUGAAAGAAUGUUUGAAGUCAACAUUCUUGCUCACUUCUGGACCACAAGAGCUUUUCUGCCAACCAUGAUGAAAAACAACUACGGUCACAUUGUCACGGUGGCUUCGGCAGCAGGUCAUUUUGUGACUUCUUUCAUGGUGGCUUAUUGUUCAAGCAAGUUUGCUGCAGUUGGAUUUCACAAAGCUCUGACAGAGGAGCUGUCUACCCUGGGAAAGGACGGAAUAAAAACUACUUGUCUUUGUCCGGUUUUUAUAAACACUGGAUUUGUCAAAAACCCCAGUACAAGGCUUGGAAAGAUUUUGGAAAUUGAAGAAGUUGUAGAGGCCUUGAUGGAAGGAAUACUGACCAACCAGAAAAUGGUUUUUGUUCCAUCACAUCUAAGCUUUGCUUUAUUUUCCGAAAUGUUGUUCCCAGAACGCACCUUGGCUGUUCUGAAAAAGCUGACUGAUGUCAAGUUUGAUGCAGUUGUUGGGCAGAGAAGCACCCAGUGAGAAGCAAAAAUUGAUUUCUUAUUUCCCAGUGGCACGAGUGAAAACAGAACACAUGCUGAGCGUAGUUUGGCUGGUUUGAUUCAGUGCAGAACUAAGACAGAUGCUUCCAGGCCAUCAUUUCCAAGCACACCUAAGGGUUUAUCCCACGCCUACAGCAGGGACAUACCUGCAUAACAUGGAGUGUUA